AUGGCGGACACCACCACAGCAAGGGCAGAAGCCGACCAGCCCGAAAAGUCACCCUCCCCCCCUCUGCCUCAAUCGGGACACCGCUCGCGAUCAGGAUCGGGCGGACGGCAGACACCACCACAGCAGGACUUUGAAGCGGAGAACGUGGUCGAGGCCGACACGGAAGAUGACGGCGCGUCGUCUCGGGCGGGGGACGAGGUCUGGGACGAAGGGUUUGACGGCAGCAGCAUCGGCAACCACUCGGCCUCGACGUCGCUAUCCAAUAGCGUGCGCGACUACGUCUUUGAGAACACCCGGCGGUAUCACAAGUACAUGGAGGGCCGGUACCUGAUGCCCAAUGACGAGCCGGAGCAGGAGCGCGAGGAUAUGAAGCAUGCCAUGUGCGUCAAUGUCAUGGAUGGAAAGCUUCAUUGCGCGCCGUUGGAGAAUCCGCAAAAGAUUAUUGAUAUUGGUACGGGGACGGGGAUCUGGGCUAUUGAUAACGACAUUCUUGAAUGCCCAAAUGAGCUUGAGCAAGUACUGACACCAUCUCAAGUGGGCGAUGAGUACCCAGAAGCAGACAUAUCCGGCAUCGACCUGAGCCCAAUCCAACCAACCUGGGUACCCCCCAACGUCCGCUUCGUCGUCGACGACGCCGAGGCAGAAUGGGUCUGGCCGCCCUACUCCCUCGACUUUGUGCACGCGCGGCACAUGUGCAUGGCCGUCAAGAACUGGCCGCGCAUGCUCUCCCAAGCUUUCACCGCACUGAAGCCGGGUGGCUGGGUCGAGCUGCAGGAGUUGCGGUUCGUCCUGCAGUGCGACGACGGGACGAUGCCCGGACCCGAGGAGUACGGCUACGGCAAGUUUGUGGACCUCUGCAUGUCCGGGUUCCGGAGCUUCGGCAUCAACCCGCUGGCGAUGGAGAGGAACUCGGAGAUGCUCCGCGAGAGUGGGUUUGAGAAUGUUGUUGAAAAGGUGUGGAAGGUGCCCAUCGGGACGUGGCCGCGGGACCAGAAGCUCAAGACGAUUGGGUUGUAUAACCGCAGCAUGCUCAUUGAUGCGCUUCAGGCCGUGAGCAUGGCGCCGUUGACGAGAGGGCUCAAGUGGAGUCCUGCCGAGGUGGAGGUUUUCUUGAUUGAUGUGCGGAAGAGCCUGAUGAAUGUGUCGAUACACUCGUAUCUGACGUUCCAUGUGGUGUUCGGGCAGAAACCUUAUGACAGCUACUAG